AUGUCGUCUAUUCAGCAAAUUCUUGAAGUUGAAAACCAGGCAAAUUAUGGGUCAAGAACGCCAUCGGGGAACGCAAGAAUAUUCAAUUGUAAGCAAUGUAACCGAGCAUUCACAAGAGAGGAACAUUUAACAAGACAUACACUUCUGACACACAAUAAAUUGAAACCAUUUGUAUGUGGGAUAUGUCAUAGGCCAUUUUCAAGAAGAGAUUUAUUAUUGAGACAUGCCAAGAAUUUGCAUCAAGGAUCAGAAAGAGCAGUAAGUAGAAUACGGAAACUGUACAAACGAGGAUCACGGGGUGAUUCAAGAGUCGAUGGAGAUGAAGAUGAAGAUGGGGAUAUUGAAGAAGAACAUAAACAAGAGCUGGAAGAAGAUGAAAUACAAUUACGAGAAAAUGAAUUAAUAGACCCGGCAUAUGAUACACCAGAAAAGAAAAGACUCAAAAUGUCGGUAAAUAUGUUGGUUAGUUAA